UUUAAAAUCUUGUAAAUUCUAAAACAGGAUUGAUUUUUUUCUUCGUGUGGGCAUACAAGAAAGCACUGAAGAUUGGAUUAUCAUAUUCUCAACCAUGACUGCCGAUUAUAUCUCCUGUCUUAAAUGUCUGAUCAUUAUAUGCAACAUACCCAUCAUAGCCAUAGGAACGGUUGCCAUGGGACUUGGAGUAUGGGUACUUCUAGAGAAUCCCAGUGUUCUAGAACUGUCAAGUGUUCGGGAACUCUCAAUAAUGGACCAGUCUUAUUUAUUAACGAGUAUAUAUCUAGUCAUUACAGCGGGUGCAGCCAUACUCGUAUUUGGGAUUGUUGGUAUUAUUGCGACACAUUCACAGAGUGCAUGUUGUAUAGGCUUGUAUGCCGGUGUGUUGUCAUUAAUCUUAUGUGUUGAGGUUGCAGGCUGCACUUUGGGAGUAGUAUUCAAAGAUUCGUGGAAUACUCACUUAGACGCCGCCAUAUACAGAAACAUUAAAACUGAAUACGAUGGAGCUGCAGAUACUCAGAAUUAUUUUAGCAGACACAUGAAUACAAUACAUACUUCACUAACUUGUUGUGGGUAUGGGAACAUUUCUGAUUUUCUGCAGUCAACAUCUUGGAACCGCACGUUAGAUGACGGGUCUCUAGCGGAAGUUCCUAUUUCGUGCUGUCUACCGCAAAGCAAUUCCUCACUUCCGUCAAUUAAAGGCAAAAUCGACUGCAGAAAGAACCCAGGUGCAACAAAGUCUUAUACAAACCCUUGCGAGCCCCAACUAAAGGAACUUUAUCUGAGAUUUGAAAUAAUAAUCAUUGCAUGUACUGCUACCUUAGGACUGUGUCAGCUAAUAAUGCUUGUGCUGGCUUUGACAAUGAUGUGUUUUUUAAUGAAGAAUGAAACAUACUACGAUUUCAAGCAAAAUCUGGACAAGUAAUGACAAGAACUAAGACUCAAUAUCACCUUUGUUCAUACUGAAUUUUUAUGUAACGUAAUUAUAUCACAUCAAACUCUCUUUA